UUUUUGACAGUUUAAAAGUCUCUUAUUUUCUUCAAAUUAGAUAGCUUUUGCCUAAAACCAUAAACAACUCUGUUUUCCUCUCUUUAUAUAUCAUUUUUAGAGGUCUUAUUGGGACAGAAAACAAAUGAAAAAAGAGGUAAAGGGAAUUGGCAUUUGGCAAAUGGGAAGGGAGUUCAGUUUGGAGCUUUGUCUUUGCCCAUCUUCUCCUGCUUCAGAGCCAACCUUCCAAUUCUCUGCAAUUCCCAUGAUGGCCAUGCCAUUGAAUCAUCAGAAGCAGAUCAUGGUUUUCAAUAAUGGAACAGCUUCGGUCUGUGACUUGACUGAACUCCAGGUAAGAGCCAUAUUAGGGAUAGCAAGCCAAGAGAGGAAUAGCAGCAAGAGCCAAUGGUGGAGCAACCCAGAACGGUUGAGUCUGCAAAUGCCAAAUGGGAAUGCAGGUUUCUCCAUUAAGAAAUCUCUUCAGAGGUUCCUACAACGGAGAAACACCAGAAGAAUUCGAUCCAUGUCUCCAUAUCACAAACCACGUACCUAAUUCAAAGUUUAUGCCUCCCAACCUCAUCAAACAAUCAAUCAAUCAAUCAAAGAAUUCUCAUUUGCAA